CCGCCGCCGCCGCCGCCUCCUUCCUUCUUCCUCCUCCUCCUCCUCCUCUGUCUCCGCAGUGAGGUCACGGGUGGGCGGCGCGUCAGCGGCUUCUGCUCAUCUGUCGGGGGCAGCCCGGCUGUGAGGUAUGGACGGUGAAGCGGGGGAAAGGACGCUCGCUUCCCUCGGAGGAAGGUGAGGCCGGCCGGCGGGACCCUCGAUUUUGUGAAAGGAUGAACCCAAGAAAUCAAUUUUGCUGAUGGCUGGGAGCUUAUUUUCAUUACUCGCAAUGGUCGCCUUUAUACAUAUAGUUACAACCAGCAAUCUAAGAUCAGCUUCCAGUCGAGUGUUUAUUGGUGAAUUAACACUGAGAUUGAUGGAACUGGAAAACUUUGUUGGACAGUAAAUCCAAAACCUUGUCUAUGAUAGUGUGAAUAACAAGAUUUGAUACACAAAGCUCCAGUCCCUCUAACUUAUAGAAGUGUAGGUUUGAAAGCAGCGCAUCUCAGACUGUGAGAACUUCCAUGUUCUGAUGGAAGAGCCUGUAGACAUUGAAAUCUCCUUCAAAGCUUAACUUUGUACUAAAUCACAGUUUUCUAUUGGAUCAAAAUCACUGGAUCAGUUUCAAGACCAGUGGCUUAAAGAUUUGAGGAAAACCUUUUUAUAUGUGCAUUGGGUUGUUCGUUUUAUAUUUUGUAAAUUAGAGAAAAAAUAUUUUUGAAUGACAUAUUUCUAGGCGAUUCCUUAGCUUCAAAGGCUGUGAUUUUAAAUGCAAAGUGUUGAACUUUGCAUUUUCCUACUUUGGUGUCUUAUUUAAUUAAAAGCAGCCAUACUGGUUGAGCAGCUGAGACAACCAGGAAUUGAGAUUUGAAAGACCUGCCAGUGAUCAAACCUCAGAGUCAUCUAUCUAAAGUUUAGCUAUGGAAGCUCCACAGACAAACUUUCCCCAUGGUUGUCAGUCAAAGCAAAAGGGGACUGCAGCAGAAGAAGAGGACAGUCCUCCAGCAAAAAAAGCGAUGACAGAAAUGCAUGUAAAACAAAUACAAACUGUGGCAAAUAAAUUGUCAACAAUAAAGAAGGAGCAUUUGGAUGAAUGUGAAGAAAACUUUAUGGAGGACAGAGAGGAAGAUGCCAAACCAAACACUGCAGCAGCAUCUGAGUCCUUGAACUUAAAUCCAGGGCUGAAACAUACACUGGCACAAUUCCACUUAAGUAGCCAGAGUUCGCUGGGAGGACCAGCAGCAUUUUCUGCUCGCCAUUCUCAAGAAAGCACGUCUUCUGUCUUUGUACCUCUCCCAUCGCCCCAGAUCCUUCCUGGUCCACUGCUUGUUCCUUCCGACAGCUCUACAGAGUUGACACAGACUAUAUUGGAAGGGGAGUCUAUAUCUUGUUUUAACGUUGGAGGGGAAAAGAGACUUUGCCUGCCUCAAGUCUUGAAUUCUGUGCUCCGUGAAUUUUCUUUACAGCAAAUUAACACAGUGUGCGAUGAACUUUACAUCUAUUGUUCCAGGUGCACUUCAGACCAGCUUCAUAUCUUAAAGGUUUUGGGAAUCCUUCCGUUUAAUGCCCCGUCUUGUGGGCUUAUCACACUGACUGAUGCUCAGAGACUAUGCAAUGCAUUGCUGCGCCCUCGCACUUUCCCUCAAAAUGGCAGCCUGCUUCACGCGAAGAAUUCACUGGCCCAGCUAAAAGAGACAGGUGGUGCCUUUGAAGUAGAGCAUGAAUGCUUGGGAAAGUGUCAGGGUUUAUUUGCUCCACAGUUUUAUCUUCAGCCAGAUUCGCCAUGUAUCCAAUGUUUAGAGUGCUAUUCAAUGUUUUCUCCCCAAACAUUUGUGAUGCAUUCUCAUCGAUCUCCUGACAAGAGGACCUGCCACUGGGGCUUUGAAUCAGCUAAAUGGCAUUGCUAUCUUCAUAUUAACAAAAAAUAUUUAGGCAAGCCAGAAGAGAAAAAUAUGAAACGUCUCUUGGAAGAAAUGAAAGAAAAAUUCAGCAUGAAAAAUCAGAAAAUAAUACAGGCUAAAGCAGAUUCUCAGUAUAACCUAGAAUUUCAACAAUGGUAUCCAGUUGUAAAGCAGGAAGCAGAUUCCGUUAAUCAGCCGCACUCAUUCAUGCAUCCGAGCUACUACUUCUAUAUGUGUGAUAAAAUGGUUGCUCCCAAUGUGUCCCUUACCUCUUCUGUGCCACAAUGUAAAGAAGCUACUAAAACAGCAGAGAAGAUUUCAGAGGUAAUUAAAUCUCUACCGGGACAGUCAGUGAAGCAACACAGCGGUGGCAAACGUAAAAAAGCCAUUUUCUUUCAGGAUCUUUCUCUUGAAGUACAAGAGAAAGUUGAUUUGAAACUUAGUACAGAAGUAUGUGCUAAUUCAGAGCGUCCUGUAUCCAUUAAACCUUCAAGCAGAAGGAAAGCUGAACAGAUGUCUUCCAAAGUGACUACAGAAGACGUGGUAGAAGUAAUCAGCAGUGCACAAACUUCAUCUCAGACUCUUCCACGUGAUAUCGGCUGUGAUGAUGACAAAGGGAAAAUGAUGGAAGAUGUAAUGAAAACCUAUAUAAAACAGCAAGAAAAGCUACAUACAAUUUUGCAAAAGAAGCAACAUCUUCAGAUGGAAGUAGAAAUGUUAAGUAGUUCAAAAGCCAUGAAGGAAUUAACAGAAGAGCAGCAGAAUUUGCAAAAAGAACUUGAAUCUUUGCAGACUGAGCAUGCUCAAAGAAUGCAAGAGUUUUAUGUUGAGCAAAGGGACUUGGAGAAGAAGUUAGAGCAGGUAAUAAAGCAAAAAUGUACCUGCGAUUCUAACUUGGAAAAGGACAAAGAAGCAGAAUAUGCAGCUCAGCUGGCAGAGCUAAGGCAGAGGCUGGAUCACGCUGAGGCCGAUCGACAGGAGCUUCAAGAUGAACUGAGACAGGAACGAGAAGCGAGGCAAAAGUUAGAGAUGAUGAUCAAGGAAUUAAAACUUCAGAUUCAGAAGUCUUCAAAAAACGGCAAAGGGAAAUGAAAGUGCCAACAAGAAUGUAUCUGCACUUUCUCAGCAGGGCUAAUAAGUGACCUGCCAAGGGGAAGUCAAGCCAUGGAUCAGUGAAGGUAUUGGGACAAUCAUGGGGAACUUUUCCUAUGUGAGCAGAGCAUCAAUGGAGUAGGAGUUGUUGCAAUUCCCAAUCAUUUCAAUGACGUUUUGCACAAGACAAGUUCCCAGUAGAUUGUAUCCAAUUUAUGCAUAUAAAUCUGUAAAGAUAAACCUUUGUAAAACUUCCACACUGACAAAAUCUGUAUUUAUGUUGGUUUCUUCUUCUUUUUUUUAAUGGUUAUGAGCAGUGUUGAAACCACUGGUUGUAUCCAGCACUGCUAUUCUGCUCGCAAAGCAGACUUCCACUUGCACAGUGGAACUUCCUCUUCUCUUCUCCCCUAUAACCCCCUGCACAUCCUCAAAUCAGCUCUUGUAGGUUGGGGAAGCUUCCAGAGCAGAUUUUGGGGGACAUGCAAGGAAAAGAAGAGGAAGCAUUGGAUGCAACCCGUAGUGUUUUACACUCCUCAGUGUAACUUGAUUUUACUUUAUUCUUU